AUUUAAUCAGUUCACACACAAAAAAAGUAGACAUCAAUUAAACUAAGAAAAAUGUGCUAAUAUUUUUUGUAUAACGCUUAACAUUAUUAACAAAACCAACAACAACUUGAAGGUGAUAUAAAAACCUUUGGGGGAGAAAGGUUUUUUUCCAACUCACCCAAGAAUUGCCACACAAUGACCACAUUUGACCUCACAUCCGUGCAAAGCAGCCACAAUAGUUCUUCUACGGCCCAACUAACAGCCUCAUCAACAUCUAUCAAUUCCGCCAGCACUUAUCAUCUAAUAGACAGCGAAAGAGAACAGUUAAUAAAAACCAACACAUCUUCAUUAUCUUCAUCAGCAGCAGCGGCCGCUAACCCAGCAACAAUAGCAUCUACGUCGACAACAACAACGAGUAGUACAGCUUCAUUGGGCACCAUAGUAGCGGCUGUGUGUGGCGGCAUGAAUUCAUGGUUUCGUCAUUAUCGCAUUUACAAAACUAUUUUGUUGAUAUUAUUACUGUUGGUACUCCUGCCUUUGUUUGCGCAUAGAAGUUUAUUGAAUCCUGACAAUGAUGUCCCUCAAUUGGAUUUACAUAGAGCCAGACCUUUGCUGGAUGCCUAUGAGGAUUUUAGCUCCAUGCGCGCCAGUGACUUGAAAAUGAGAAUAGAAGAGUUAUUAAGAAUUAAGAGCACAGUGUCCAUUGAACUUCGUGAGCUGGAAGCCCGACGACAAAAGCUGCAAUCGGACAUCGGUCAAUAUAAUCAGAAGAUUGAAGAACUAAAACAGGAACUCAUGCGUGAACAGACCGAAUUGGAAAGAUUGAAAAUAUCUGUAGAACAAGCUCAAGUGGCACAACGCGAAGCAGUACAACGUAAUACUCCCGAUUUGGCAUUGCCACGUACCCUGUAUCCCAAUGUUUUGCCGCGUAAAAUGCCACCCACAUCUGCACAAACAACAAUCUCAUGCGAAAUGCACAACUGUUUCGAUCAUUCCAGAUGUAGUCUAACUUCUGGCUUUCCCGUCUAUCUCUACGAUCCUGAUGCGUAUAAUGUUUUAAAGCCGGGCUAUGAUAUUGAUGGUUUCCUAAGGACCACUAUCAAGCAAACAUUGGGCUAUAAUGCCCAUAUUGUUAGGGAUCCUAAAUUGGCUUGCAUUUAUUUGGUGCUGGUAGGAGAAGCCUUAUUUGAGAAUGAUUUGGUGAAAAAUAAUCGCUAUGCCGCCUUAGAAGAGGAGGAGAAAUUUAAACUGGGCACGAAUGUCUCAGAUAAAUAUGAUGCCAUUGAUAUGAAUAGACUUUAUCGACUGCCGUACUGGGGUGGAGAUGGUCGUAAUCAUGUUUUGUUGAAUUUGGCAAGAAGAAAUUUAAAUUCCAAAGCUACCAAUGCUCUACUCAAUCAGAAUACCAUGAGAGCCAUAGUGGUGCAAUCUUCCUUUGAGGCCACACAAUUUCGUGUCAACUACGAUCUGAUAGUGCCUCCCAUUUUGGGUCCUCCCGGUGGUGAUGUUUGGCAGGAAUGUGCUGCCAUGGUGCCGGCAAGACGUACAUAUUUGUUGUCCUUCCAGGGAGAGCUAAGACCUUUAAAUGAACCCGUUAGAACACCACAUCCAUUGGAUGAUUUUAUUUUGGAUCACUUAAUGGAAAUGUCUAAGGGUCCCACUCAGGACAGAUUUCUUUUGCAAUUCAAAUGUGUGCCCGCUACCGAGCAGCAUGAUGAAAACUCUGUAGUAGAUUGGGCUUUAUGCGGCACCGAUUCAUCGCGUAAGAAUAUUUUAAAAGAUUCUACCUUUGCUUUAAUCUUGCCGCCUUUGGAGAGGAGAGUUAGUUCCACUUUAAUGUUGGCACGUAUUUAUGAAGCCUUGCGUUCAGGUGCCAUUCCUGUUGUAUUGGGUGCAGAUGAGGUACGUUUGCCCUAUAGUGAAACUAUCGACUGGAGAAGAAUUGCUUUGCUGCUGCCCAAGGCUCGUAUAACCGAAUUGCAUUUUCUUUUGCGUGCCAUACAAGAUGGAGAUCUUUUGUUAAUGCGUCGCCAGGGCCGUUUAAUAUGGGAACGUUAUUUGAGUUCGGUACAGGCCACAGUAGACACGGUUAUUGCUAGUUUAAGAGAUCGCUUGGGUAUACCACCACGCCCUGUGCCUCCUGUUAUAGCACAAAGUGUUUUCAACAAUACUUUCAUACCCUUGAAGUCAGAUCCUCCGGUGGGCAUGGAUACAGAACCUGAAGAGUCACUGGGUCCUAUAGAACCUCCGUAUCCCAGUCCUGCUUUUAGAAGAAACUACACCAUAUUAAGAAUGCAAUCGAGGGAGGCCUGGAACGAUUGGGUUGAUCCCUUUUAUAUGUAUCCUCAAUUACCUUUCGAUCCAGUCUUGCCCUCGGAAGCCAAAUUCAUGGGUUCUCACAUGGGUUUUCGUCCAAUUGGUAAAGGCUCUGGUGGUGCUGGUAAAGAAUUCAGUGAAGCUUUGGGCGGCAACUAUCCCAGAGAACAGUUCACUAUUGUGAUUUUAACAUAUGAAAGAGAACAAGUUCUUAUGGAUUCUUUGGGUCGCCUCUACGGUCUGCCAUAUUUACACAAAGUAGUUGUUGUAUGGAAUUCACCCAAACCUCCGCUAGAUGAUUUAAGAUGGCCCGAUAUAGGUGUCCCCGUAGCAGUGGUCAGAGCUCCACGCAAUUCUCUCAAUAAUCGUUUCUUACCCUUCGACGUCAUCGAAACUGAGGCGGUAUUAUCCGUAGAUGAUGAUGCUCAUUUAAGACAUGAUGAGAUCUUGUUUGGUUUUCGUGUGUGGCGUGAACAUCGUGAUCGUGUUGUUGGUUUUCCGGGACGUUUUCAUGCCUGGGAUUUGAAUGAUAAUCAUCAUUGGAAUUACAAUUCCAACUAUAGUUGUGAACUGAGUAUGGUGUUGACGGGUGCAGCUUUUAUACACAAAUACUACAUGUAUUUGUAUACAUAUCAUUUGCCGCAGGCCAUACGUGAUAAAGUGGAUGAGUAUAUGAAUUGCGAAGAUAUCGCUAUGAAUUUCUUAGUGUCGCACAUAACAAGAAAACCGCCGGUGAAAGUAACAUCACGGUGGACAUUUAGAUGCCCUGGCUGUCCAGUAUCAUUGAGCGAAGAUGAUACACAUUUUCAGGAACGUCACAAAUGUAUAAAUUUCUUUACACAAGUUUUUGGUUAUACUCCGUUAUUAAAUACGCAAUAUCGAGCUGAUUCGAUAUUAUUUAAAACUCGUAUACCGCAUGACAAACAAAAAUGCUUUAAGUAUAUAUAAAACAAUUAAAUUUAUUAAUUAAUUAGUUAAUUUUAAGUCUAAUAUGCUGCUUACAUUUAAGUUUUAAAACCUAGAAAUUACUAACAAACAAAAAAAAACGAUUUUAAUUACAAAAUGAAAUCUACAAUUAAAAAACAAGGACUGCAUUAUCAAAACAAAUAUCAUAUAAUUACUAAUAAUUAAUUAAGGUGCAAUAAAUGCUGGUCAACAAAAUUAAUUCAAUUAAAUGAAAAUCCUGAUAUAAUAAAAAAUACUCGAUUAAAACGAGUUAAAAGGCAAGCUAAAGUUAAUUAAAAAAAAUAAAGUUUUAGAUUUAUAAAAAACAAACAAAAUGCAUACAUAUAUUUUUUGAAUCAAACUAAAAAUUCCUCGUUGAUCAGUGUUAUUUUUAAAAUUUUAUUUAUAAACGUACUAUUUUACAAUUGAGAAAUUAC